UUUUUCCAGUGCCCCACUGAGCCCAGUCCCAUUGGGAUACCUCAGCUGACUUCAGCAAAAGGGGCCUUGUAGCUCCUGGGUUUGGAGAUGUCUCCUAGCCUAGGGCCUGGGAAGGGAGGAGGGUUCAGAAGAUGAAUAUUGAAGCAAUUUUGGGGUCAAAUGAUUGUCAGAAUCAAAGCCUGUUUCUACGGGGAAAACUCGAGGCGAUCUUGCCAGCAUUAUGUGUGUGCCCUGCACUUCCUUCUCCACACCAUCCCACCCCAUUUCUCUCGUCAGCGACAGACAGGUAGGGUGUGGGGGCAUCUUUCCUCUCUUCUAUUUUGUGCUGGUAGUAGGGAAAAAAAAGAAUAAAAAGCCAGAGGAUUGGUUUACUGAUUAAGAAGAGGAACACAUGGCUGGGUGUCAGAAACAGUAACCCCUAGCUUCCUUUAAAAAAUGUAAUUUCCACGCUUUUCUGCUGUAUCUGAAUUACAUGUUAAAAGAAAGACUAAGAGUUUAAUGCUUGGGAGAGAUUCUGCAGAAUCUGCUUGAAGAUGAGGAGAGGCUCCGACUGGGGCCAGGGCUAUGCAGGCCUAGGUGGAAAGAGCCUGACAGGAUAAAGAACUCCAGUGCUUCUGGUGAGAGGGUGGGGAAAUAGGUUGUCUUAAGAAUCAAGAAUUUCAGUCCCAUUCCAGCUAAUUGUUUUUAUGGGCAGCAGCUGUAAAGGAAAGAAGUGGCUCAUUUGAGAUGCAUUUGAAAUGCAUAUUAGGUGUGUGAGGUGGGUUUGUGUGGCCCGGGUUUCACCCUGGGGAGGCUGCCCCGGGGCCGGCUCUGGGGCCGGUGAGGGAGCCUGCUUCCCUUGCAGAGAUGUGUGCUGCAGCCUUGGCCCACGUCGCAUCGUGAACGCAGAGCAGAGAUUGGACUGGGUGAUCUCCAAGAUCAGCCAGUCACUCGAUGGGGAGCAACGGUGGACCACCUUUUUGUGUCACCUUCCCACCUCUCUGUAGCAAGAAAAAUAACUUCAGCACCUCUUCAGUAAUAAUGAUGAAACUGGUAUUAACUGAAUGGCAAUUAUGGAUUUUUAACUCUAAUUCACAGUAAACCAGCAAGCCAUAUGUUUCAAAUCCAACCAAAAAUCGCUUUGUUUUGCUGCGUGUCUCAUCCGAUUGUGAGAAGUUGUGAGAUCUCUGUUUGUACAAAGAGGAAUAUAAGUAUUACUUGCCGGAGAAACACAACCGAAGCAGAAAGAGAAGACGUCUUAAUUUAUCCUUAAAGAUAUAUAAUAGAAUUAUUUAUAUAGAUAGAGCAAAUAUAUAUAUAUUUUUGGUGGUAAUGAAAAUGGCUCCGCAGAAUGCCGACUCAGAAUCUAUGCAAGUUCAAGAGUCCCCUGUGCCCCUGCCGGCCCUGCAGACCCCCGGAAGCACGGCGGCGGAGCCCCGAGAGGAGACCGGCAGUGAGGGCUCCAUAGACCGCGUGCCCGUGCGCCGGUGGGUCAUGCACGGGGCCGUGAUGUUUGGCAGGGAGUUCUGUUACGCCAUGGAGACGGCGUUGGUCACGCCGAUCCUGUUGCAGAUUGGCCUUCCGGAGCAGUAUUACAGUCUCACCUGGUUCCUGAGCCCCGUCCUUGGCCUCAUCUUCACGCCCCUCAUCGGCUCGGCGAGCGACCGGUGCACCCUGAGCUGGGGCCGCCGCCGGCCUUUCAUCCUGGCCCUCUGCGUGGGCGUGCUCUUCGGCGUGGCGCUUUUCCUGAACGGCUCUGCCAUCGGUCUGUCCCUCGGUGAUGUCCCCAGCCGGCAGCCCAUUGGCAUCGUCCUCACAGUGCUGGGGGUGGUGGUCCUGGAUUUCAGCGCUGAUGCAACCGAGGGGCCCAUCCGCGCCUACCUGCUGGACGUGGUGGACAGCGAGGAGCAGGACAUGGCCCUCAAUAUCCACGCCUUCUCUGCCGGCCUCGGUGGGGCCAUCGGCUAUGUGCUGGGCGGGCUGGACUGGACCCAGACCUUCCUGGGCGCCUGGUUCCGAACACAGAACCAAGUGCUCUUCUUCUUCGCGGCCAUCAUCUUCACGGUGUCGGUGGCCUUGCACCUCUUCAGCAUCGAGGAGGAGCAGUACAGCCCCCAGCAGGAGCGGAGCCCGGAGGCGGCCGACGCCCUGCCCCCUGCCGCCCGCCCCAGCGUCCCGGACGGCAGCGCCGGCCUGUUUCCAGACGAGGUGCAGUCGGAGCACGAGCUCGCCCUGGACUACCUGGACGUGGACAUGGUGCGGAGCAAGAGCGACUCGGUGCUGCACGUGCCAGACGCCGCGCUGGACCUGGAGCCCCAGCUGCUCUUUCUGCAUGACAUCGAGCCCUCCAUCUUCCACGACGCCUCCUACCCCAGCACCCCCCGCAGCAACAGCCAGGAGCUCGCCAAGACCAGGCCGCCCUGCCUGCCCUCACUGCUCAGGGAAACCGCGAAGGAGGAUGAGACGCUGCUCGACAGUCACUCGAACGAAGCCCAAGUCCCAAACGGAAGUGGCUCCCCCCCAAAAGACGGCCUCAGUGGCUACACCAGGGUGGACGGGAAGCCCUCGACCACAUCAGCCUCCAUGAGGCGGCGCCGGCACAUGUUCCGCCGGCAGGCCUCCAGCACCUUCUCCUACUACGGCAAGAUUGGGGCCCACCGCUACCGCUACCGGCGCGCCAAUGCCGUGGUCCUGAUCAAGCCAUCACGCAGCAUGAGCGACUUGUACGACCUGCAGAAGCGGCAACGGCAGCGGUGCCGGCACCGGAACCCGAGCGGGGCCACCACCUCCAGCGGGGACACGGAGAGCGAGGAGGGGGAGGGGGAGACCACUGUGCGGCUGCUGUGGCUGUCCAUGCUGAAGAUGCCCAGGGAGCUGAUGCGGCUCUGCCUCUGCCACCUGCUCACCUGGUUCUCCGUCAUCGCCGAGGCCGUGUUCUACACAGACUUCAUGGGCCAGGUCAUCUUCGAAGGGGACCCCAAGGCCCCCUCCAACUCCACCGCCUGGCAGGCCUACAAUGCCGGCGUGAAGAUGGGCUGCUGGGGCCUGGUCAUUUAUGCGGCGACCGGCGCCAUUUGCUCAGCCCUGUUACAGAAGUACUUGGACAGCUACGACCUGAGCAUCAGGGUCAUCUACGUGCUGGGGACGCUGGGCUUCUCCAUCGGCACGGCCGUGAUGGCCAUGUUCGCCAACGUCUAUGUCGCCAUGAUCAUGAUCAGCACCAUGGGCAUCGUCUCCAUGAGCAUCUCCUACUGUCCCUACGCCCUGCUCGGGCAGUACCACGACAUCAAGGAGUACGUGCACCACAGCCCCGGGAACUCCAAGCGCGGCUUCGGCAUAGACUGCGCCAUCCUCUCCUGCCAGGUCUACAUCUCCCAGAUCCUGGUGGCGUCUGCCCUCGGGGGCGUGGUCGACGCCGUUGGGACUGUGCGCGUUAUCCCCAUGGUGGCCUCCGUGGGCUCUUUCCUGGGCUUCCUGACGGCCACGUUCCUGGUGAUCUACCCGGAGGUGUCGGAAGAGGCCAAGGAGGAGCAGAAAGGCCUGUCUUCCCAGACGUCGGGGGAAGGCGGGAGCGGCAGCGAGAAGCCCACUGUGCUGAAGCUCUCCCGCAGGGAGGGCCCACAGGGGCCAGUGGUGACGGAGUCGAUGGUGUGACCGAGCUCCUGUGCACACAUUCCAGAGGGCGGCAGGGAGCGGGGCGCUUGGGCCGGGGCAGAGGCUGCCUCGAAGGCUGGUUGCCGUUGCUUCGGGGCAGCACAGGCAGAGUUCCUUCCCACAGUGGGGUGGUGACUCAGCAGUUGUCGGGUAGGUUUGAGCCACUAGGCAAAAACAUCACGCUAAUUACUUUUUCCACAAUUAAAAAAAUCAUUUGAAAUCUUUUUUUUUAAUUGAAAAAGAUCUUUUAAUUUCAAGUCUAUCUUUUUUUCUGCAGGUGUAUUAUUCUGCAUGUUUUUAAAUUGUAGACCAGAUUUACAAUAUAGACAAGCAAUUUAGAAAAAAAUAAGAUUUUGCAUUUCUAAAGUUAUAAUUGAAAACCAAAAAAUAUCUGAUGUCCUUUGCUAUAUCUUAUCUGAAUCUUCAGAUGAUAGUCGUGUAGUCAGUGACUAAAACAUUUUAUCACGUUUUUUUCCUGUGGACGCCUACAGGGAUUUGGACCUUGUCAGAUCUCAUCACAUUCUGUUGGUGCUGCAGCUAUUGGAGAGUAUUUUUCUUUAUGAUUAUUAUAGAAAAAAAUAUUUUUUUCCAAAACUGUGGUUUUCUUAGAAGAACAACAUCUCCUCUUUUCCUCAGAGUCUGACAGACCGCGCCCGGGCAGCCCUGCUCGCGGCCACACACCAAAGCUGGGAGGAGGCAGGGCCCCGGGGCCCCUGGGUGUAGAAGGGCCAUUUGCAAGGGCCGUUCCAGACGCCCCGACCAGGGGCCUGGGG